UAUUCCAAUCAUCAUCAUCGUCAUCAUCAUCAUGCUAAAAAAAGAUGAAAUUGCAAUUGAAGCAAUAAAAGAUGCAUUAAAAGCGCUUAGAAAACGGCAUUUACUUGAAGAAGGAGCUCACUCGGCUGCCUUUCUUGCUCUUUCUAAACCUAUUGCUUCUCAGGGUUCCGAAUGGAAGGAAAAAGCAGAAACUCUAGAGGUAGAACUUCAGCAAUGUUAUAAAGCUCAAUCUCGAUUAUCUGAGCAGCUUGUGGUGGAAGUUGCCGAGUCUAGAGCUGCAAAAUCGUUAGUUCAAGAGAAGGAAGCCUUAAUUCCUAGUCUUGAGCAUGACCUUUCUCAAGCAAGGGAUGAAUGUUCAAGGUUAGCAGCACUUCUAGAAGAAAAGACUAAAGCUCUCGAAUUGCUUAUCAGUGAGCAUAGUGAUCUCAGAUCUCAAUAUGAAGAGAUGAGAACUAGAGCUGUGAAUGCAGAGUCUGAAAACAAGACAUUGAUUGAUCGGUGGAUGUUGCAGAAAAUGCAGGAUGCUGAACGCCUUAAUGAGGUCAACGCUUUGUAUGAAGACAUGGUUGGUAAGCUGAAAGCCAGUGGUCUGGAGCAACUUGCUCGGCAGCAAGUGGAUGGUGUGGUCCGCCAGAGUGAAGAAGGUGCGGAGUACUAUGUAGAAUCAAGGAUACCCAAAACAUGCAAUCACAGAACCCCAGCUCAUGAUGGAGGCUGUGCAUCUCUAGUUUUUGAAAACAGUUCUAGUAAGUUGGUCAGUGGAGGGCUGGACCAUACUGUUAAAAUGUGGGACUCAUCCUCUGGUCAGCUUACCCGAACGUACCAUGGUUGUCUAGGAUCUGUCCUUGAUCUCAGCAUUACCCAUGAUAAUAGCUGCGUAAUUGCUGCCAGUAGCUCAAAUAAUCUCUAUGUAUGGGAUGCAAAUUCGGGACGGAUGCGUCACACUCUCACGGGUCAUAAAGACAAAGUAUGCGCUGUAGAUGUGAGCAGAUACUCGAGCCGUCAUGUUGUAAGUUCAGGUUAUGACCGUACCAUCAAAGUGUGGGAUCUUAAUAAAGGUUAUUGCAUUAACACAAUCAUUUUCCCAAGCAACUGCAAUGCACUAUCGUUCAGCCCAGAUGGGCAGACUAUCUGUUCCGGUCAUGUUGAUGGGCAUUUAAGAUUAUGGGAUAUACAGACAGGAAAAUUACUUAGUGAGGUUGCUGCACAUUCACUUGCUGUGACAUCUAUUUCUUUAUCUAGAAAUGGUAAUUCUAUCCUGACAAGUGGGAGAGACAACUUGCACAAUUUAUUUGACACAAGGACACUUGAAGUUUGCCGGACAUUAAGAGCGAGUGAGAAUAGAGUUGCAUCUAAUUGGAGCAGAUCUUGUAUAAGCCCUGAUGACAAUUAUGUUGCUGCUGGAUCUGUUGAUGGCGCUAUCCAUGUUUGGUCAAUAUCUAAUGGUAGCAUAGUGAGCACUCUCAAAGAACAUACAUCGUCAGUACUAUGCUGUUCUUGGAGUGGUCUUGGGAAACCUCUAGCUACAUCAGACAAGAAUGGUAUCAUUUGUAUGUGGACAUAAUGGAUACUAUAUUCCAACAUUGUGAGAUUUACUGUUAGUCUGUACAUAUACAUUUAUGUCAAUUCCUUAGUACAUGUGUUAUAUGAAACAAGCCGAUUGUUUUGUU